CUAAUAGCUCGGCGGCCGCGAAUUGCGAGGGUUUGGAAAAGGGUCUUCGCCUUCCCGUCCAGUUCACGGAGGUUGAGGGAUUGGCCUGCGCAGGGCUUCCCUACUGCUUAGACUUUGAAAAAAAUGGCAAAUGUGGAUAAUGAUUCUAGGCAUCUUCUCAACUCUGAAGUAGAGCAUGAAAUAAAUCCUGGACCUAUGAAUAUCCAGUUUGAGUCAUCAGAUCUAAGAUCUAAAAGGCCUUUCUAUAUAGAGCCCACAAACAUCGUCAGCGUGAAUGAUGUCAUUCAGAGGGUUAGUGACCAUGCCUCUGCUAUGAACAAGAGGAUUCAUUACUACAGCCGGCUCACCACUCCUGCAGACAAGGCACUGAUUGCUCCAGACCAUGUAGUUCCAGCUCCUGAGGAAUGCUAUGUAUACAGUCCAUUGGGUUCUGCUUAUAAACUUGAAAGUUGCACUGAAGGAUAUGGUAAAAAUACCAGUUUAGUAACAAUUUUUAUGAUUUGGAAUACCAUGAUGGGAACAUCUAUACUAAGUAUUCCUUGGGGCAUAAAACAGGCUGGAUUUACCACUGGAAUGUGUGUCAUCAUACUGAUGGGCCUUUUAACACUUUAUUGCUGCUACAGAGUGGUGAAAUCACGAACUAUAUGUUCAUUGGAUACCACUACCUGGGAAUAUCCAGAUGUCUGCAGAUAUUAUUUUGGUUCCUUUGGGCAGUGGUCAAGUCUCCUUUUCUCCCUGGUGUCUCUCAUUGGAGCAAUGAUAGUUUAUUGGGUGCUUAUGUCUAAUUUUCUUUUUAAUACUGGAAAGUUUAUUUUUAAUUUUAUCCAUCACAUUAAUGAUACAGACACUAUACUGAGAACCAAUAAUAGCGACCCUGUGAUUUGUCCAAAUGCUGAGAGUGGUGACCAUCCUGACAACGGCUCUAUGAUUUUCUAUGCCAAUGACACAGGAGUCCAACAGUUUGAAAAAUGGUGGAAUAAGUCCAGGACAGUACCAUUUUACCUCAUAGGGCUUCUCCUGCCACUGCUCAAUUUUAAAUCUCCUUCAUUUUUUUCAAAAUUUAAUAUCCUAGGCACAGUAUCUGUUCUCUAUUUGAUUUUUCUUGUUACCUUGAAAGCUAUUCGCUUGGGAUUUCAUUUGGAAUUUCAUUGGUUUAUGCCAACAGAAUUUUUUGUACCAGAGAUAAGAUAUCAGUUCCCACAGCUGACUGGAGUGCUUACUCUUGCUUUCUUUAUUCAUAAUUGUAUUAUCACACUCUUGAAAAAUAACAAGAACCAGGAAAACAAUGUAAGGGACCUGUGCAUUGCUUAUAUGCUGGUGACAUUAACUUAUCUCUAUAUUGGAGUCCUGGUUUUUGCUUCAUUUCCUUCACCACCAUUAUCCAAAGAUUGUAUUGAGCAGAAUUUUUUAGACAACUUCCCUAGCAGUGACACCCUGUCCUUCAUUGCAAGGAUAUUCCUGCUGUUCCAGAUGAUGACUGUGUACCCGCUCUUAGGCUACUUGGCUCGUGUCCAGCUAUUGGGCCAUAUCUUCGGUGACAUUUAUCCUAGCAUUUUCCACGUGCUGAUUCUUAAUCUAAUUAUUGUGGGAGCUGGAGUGAUCAUGGCCUGUUUCUACCCAAACAUAGGAGGGAUCAUAAGAUAUUCAGGAGCAGCUUGCGGCCUGGCCUUUGUAUUCAUAUAUCCAUCUCUCAUCUAUAUAAUUUCCCUCCACCAAGAAGAGCGUCUGACAUGGCCUAAAUUAAUUUUUCAUAUUUUCAUCAUCAUUUUGGGUCUGGCUAACCUGAUUGUGCAGUUUUUUAUGUGAAAACUGUUUUCUUAAGAUCUUUCAUGGUAUUUUGAGCCUUGACAAUAGUUCUUCAUAAACUCACUUGUAAAUGCUGUUGCUGCUGUAAUUUUAAAUGUUUUUCUAAGAUAAUUUGAAAGCAAGGGAAAUAAUAGUUCAUUAAUAAGUAUUUUUUAUUAAAAUGGGAAAGGGGGCAAUAAGAAUGAUCUUAGUCUCUUUACCGUUAUCAUAUUCACUUACCUUUUCAUUCUCAUUUGUCUUUUCUGAGUAGAAAUGUAGGAAAAAAAUCAUAGGUUGUCCUGCUUAAAAAUAUAAGGUAGGUGGAUUUAUUUUAGCUACAGUAAGGAUCCUCAGGGUGUCACAGCAUUUGCUAGCAUAUUACUAGAUUCUAUUUCUGUUUUAUGUUUACAUGUACUUGCUUUCAAAAUUUGUUAGACUAUUUCUACAGGCUUAAACCCCUGCCGUUUGGGACUGUAAACCAAAUACCUCAUUUAAAAAAAAAAAAAAAAGAACUUCUAUGGCAUCAG